AUGUCAACCGAUCAGAGCCAGACUGAAUCAAAAACCGAAUCGAAAUGGCGACCUAAAGCCAUAGUCUUUGACCUCCUAACCGCCCUAAUGGACUCUUGGAGCCUCUGGGACGCAUCAACCCCAUCCAAGACCCGGGAAGAAGGCAAGCGCUGGCGUGAACACUAUCUAAAACUCACUUUCAGCGCGGGCGAAUACGUCCCCUACCAGGACCUAAUCUGGAAAUCCGCAUCAGAACUUGGUUUGCCCCGAUCAGCACCCGAAGCCCUUCUUCGCGACUGGAGGAGACUGCGGCCGUGGCCUGAGGCGGGACUUGUGUUAUCCAAGCUCAGGGCAAAGGGAUACAUACUCGGCGUGGUGACGAACUGCUCGAGUCCGCUGGGAUUUACUGCUUACCGACGAGUUGAAAAGGAUGGCCAGGCGAAUUUUUCGUUCGACUCUGUUAUUACGGCUGAGAUGAGUGGAUACUAUAAGCCUGUUAAGAAGGCAUACGAGCAUAUUUUGGGGACGAUCUCUGUUGAUGAUCCCGGCGAUGUGUUAUUCGUUGCUGGAAGCGCGGGAGAUGUUCAGGGAGCAACUGAUGCUGGUAUGAAGGUCGUUUGGCAUAAUAGGAUCGGACUGCCUCGUGUGGGGGACGCCGUCCCAUUGAGGGAAGGAAAGACGUUGCAUGACACCUUAAAGGACUUCUUGUAAAUCGGCAUCAGGGAAGGUAUCCGGAUAGUUAUUAGCUUGUUUACUCACUACGAC